GCGGAGCGCGGCCCGCGGUUGUUUGGGUCCGGCGGGUCGGGGGACAGCGGGAGCCAUGGGGGUCCCCAAAUUCUACCGAUGGAUCUCGGAGCGGUACCCCUGCCUCAGUCAGGUGCUGAAGGAGCAUCAGAUUCCAGAAUUUGACAACUUAUACCUGGACAUGAAUGGCAUUAUACAUCAGUGUUCACAUCCAAAUGAUGAUGAUGUUCACUUCAGAAUCUCAGAAGAUAAGAUUUUUGCUGAUAUUUUUCACUAUUUGGAAGUACUGUUUCGCAUUAUUAAGCCAAGGAAGGUUUUCUUCAUGGCAGUUGAUGGAGUAGCACCAAGAGCAAAAAUGAAUCAGCAGCGUGGGAGACGUUUUAGAUCAGCAAAAGAGGCAGAGGAUAAAAUUAAAAAAGCAUUAGAAAAGGGAGAAACUCUCCCUACAGAAGCCAGAUUUGACUCCAACUGUAUUACACCAGGAACUGAAUUCAUGGCCAGACUGCAUGAGCAUCUUAAGUAUUUUGUAAAUAUGAAGAUUUCCACAGACAAAUCCUGGCAAGGAGUAACAGUCUACCUAUCAGGCCACGAGACUCCAGGUGAAGGUGAACAUAAAAUUAUGGAGUUCAUCAGAUCAGAAAAAGCAAAGCCCCAUCAUGAUCCAAACACAAGACACUGUCUGUAUGGCUUAGAUGCUGACUUGAUUAUGCUGGGAUUAACAAGUCAUGAGGCACACUUCGCGCUCUUAAGAGAAGAAGUCAGAUUUGGUGGUAAAAAAUCUCAAAGAGCAUGUGCACCAGAGGAAACCACAUUUCAUCUACUGCACUUGUCACUGAUGAGAGAAUAUAUUGAUUAUGAAUUUUCACCAGUAAAAGACAAGAUUUCUUUUGAAUAUGAUAUUGAAAGGAUAAUAGAUGAUUGGAUCUUAAUGGGUUUCCUUGUAGGAAAUGAUUUUAUUCCUCAUCUACCUCAUUUACAUAUUAAUCACGAUGCAUUGCCGCUGCUUUAUAGAACAUACAUGGCUGUGUUGCCAGAACUGGGAGGUUACAUAAAUGAAAAUGGACAUCUGAAUUUAAAACGCUUUGAGAAAUAUCUCACAAGAUUGUCAGAUUUUGAUCGUGAACACUUCAGUGAAGUCUUUGUAGACCUAAAAUGGUUUGAAAGUAAAGUAGGCAAUAAGUACCUCAAUGAGGCAGCUGGCAUUGCAGCAGAGGAAGCCAGAAAAAAUAAACAAAAGAAACAAAAGGCUCAGGAAAAUUCUAUAUGUUUGGCUGCUUUAGAAAAAAAUGAAGGUGAAGUGACUCCUAAACCUGUGUUGGAAGAUGAACCAGAAGAUGAUGACCUGUUUGAAACUGAGUUUAGGCAGUACAAAAGAACUUACUACAUGACUAAAAUGGGUGUAGAAGUAGUAUCUGAUGACUUCUUGGCUGAUCAAGCUGAAUGUUAUGUCCAGGCAAUACAAUGGAUUUUGCAUUAUUAUUACCAUGGAGUUCAAUCAUGGAGCUGGUAUUACCCUUACCAUUAUGCACCUUAUCUGUCAGAUAUUCGCAACAUUGGUGAACUCAAAAUUGAAUUUGAACUAGGAAAACCUUUCAUGCCAUUUGAACAGCUACUUGCUGUACUUCCAGCAGCAAGCAAAGAUCUGCUACCUAAAUGCUACCAGCAUUUGAUGAUUAGUCAAGACUCUCCUAUUAUAGAGUAUUAUCCACCAGAUUUUAAAACUGACCUAAAUGGAAAACAGCAAGAAUGGGAAGCUGUAGUGUUAAUCCCAUUUAUUGAUGAGAAACGACUGCUGCAGGCCAUGGAGACCUGUAAUAAGUGCCUAAAAGAAGAGGAGAAACGAAGAAAUACUCACAGUGCUUGCUUAAUGUACUGGCAUGACAAAGAUGCAGAGUUCCAGUACCUGUCACCAUGGCCAGAGAAAUUCCCUGCAGUAGAAAGAUGUCAUGCUAGGUAUAAAACAAUACCUUUGGAUGCUUGGCAUGUAGAAAUAACCCACAAUAAGAUAACUAAAAUCAACAAGAGUGCAUUAUAUUUUUGUGGAUUUCCUACUUUAAAGCACAUAAAACAUAAGUUCUAUCUUCGAAAAAGUGGUGUACAGGUGUUUCAGCAAAGCAGCCAUGGAGAGAACAUGAUGUUAGAAAUCAUAGCUGAUGAGAACUCAAAAGAACAGGUGGUAGAAAAUGUUGCCAGUUCAGUACUUGGAAGGCGUGUUUUUGUUAACUGGCCUCACCUUGAAGAAGCCAGAGUUGUUGCUGUGUCAGAUGGAGAAACUAAGUUUUAUUUGGAAGAACCACAUGGCACACAGAAGGUUUACAUGGGAAAUACAGUGCCCCCAACUAAAGUGGCUUAUGUUGGAGAUAAGGAACAAAGCAUAUGGUUAAAAGAAAUUCAAAGCAUUUCAGAGCACUAUCAGAGAAGAAAAGGAAUAAUUAUUCAUGAAACAUCAAUAGUUGUGUAUGCUCAGUUACUGACUGGUAAUAGAUACCAACUAAACCAAAAAGGAGAAGUUUAUUUGGAGAAGCAGUGGUCAAAACAAGUUCUUCCUUUCGUUUACCAAACUGUUGUCAAGGAUAUCAAAGCCUUUGACUCUCGGUUUUCAAACAUCAAAACUUUGGAUGACUUAUUUCCUCCUGGAAGUACAGCCUUUAUGCUGGGAUCGCCUUACUACGGCUGCAUGGGAGAAGUUCAAGAUUCACGUGAUGUGAUCACAGAAGGUAGAAUUCGUGUAGUUUUCAAUAUUCCAUGUGAACCUCAGCUUGAUCCUUUAAUACAGAAUCAGCAUAAAUAUUCUGUGAAAUACAAUCCUGCAUAUGUUUUGGCCAGCCGUCUUGGAGUAAGUGGAUAUCUUGUCUCCAGAUUUACAGGGAGCAUCUUCAUUGGAAGAGGAUCAAAGAAAAAUCCUCAUGGAGACCACAAAGCAAAUGUGGGACUAAACCUGAAGUUCAAUAAGAAAAAUGAAGAAGUUCCUGGCUAUACUAAGAAAGUUGGUAAUGAAUGGAUGUAUUCUUCUGCAGUAGAACAACUACUUGCUGAGUAUUUAGAAAGGGUCCCUGAACUAUUUAGUUAUAUAGCCAAGAAUACCCAGGAAGAUAUCUUCUAUGAAGAUGACAUUUGGCCUGGAGAGGAUGAGAAUGGAGCUGAGAAAGUUCAAGAAAUUGUUGCCUGGUUGAAGGCACAUCCUGUAUCUGCUUUGUCUCGCUCAUCUUGUGACUUGCAAAUCUUGGAUGCAGCCAUUGUUGAGAAAAUUGAAGAAGAAAUAGAGAAAUGCAAGCAAAGAAAGAGCAACAAGAAGGUGCGAGUAACUGUGAAAACCCAUUUACUGUACAGACCAUUAGAACAACAGAAUGGGGUAGUUCCUGAUCGAGAUGCAGAGUAUAAGCUGUUUGACCGUGUUGUCAAUGUGAGAGAGAACUUUUCCGUUCCGGUUGGUCUUCGAGGUACCAUCAUAGGAAUUAAAGGAGCCAGUAGAGAAACAGAUGUGCUCUUUGAAGUUUUGUUUGAUGAAGAAUUCCUUGGAGGCCUAACUAUAAGGUGCUCACCUGCCAGAGGUUAUCGUCUGCCAUCAAGUGCCUUAAUUAACCUGUCUCAUGGUAGUCGAUCAGAAAUGGGAAAUCAAAAACUGACGGCCAUAGUGAAACCUCAGCCAGCUGUGAAUAACUACAAUUCAUAUGCAUCCGAUCUGUCAUCUGCGAGCUCACAAAAAGUCCCUCUGGGAGGCCUCAACCAUUCUCCUCGCUCCCUUUUUGUUCCUACUCAACAACUGAAUGGAAGACAGCUUUACAAUCUCAGGGCUGAAAAUCAGGGCAACUCUAAUUCACCCCAGAAAGGAUCAUAUCUCAGUGGCAAUCAGAAAAAUAAAGCACAGAGUAAGCAAGAUGAUGAAUUCUGUAGCAUAUGGCAAUCACUGCAGAGUUCUGGGAAGUCUCACCACAUUCAGCAAAACACGCAUGAGAAGGAUGCAGUUCUACCUCAGGAAGUCAAGCUGGGAACUGGCAGCCAGUUCUAUAAGCCAGGAUUCAAUGACAGCAGCUUUAAAGGUCAGCAGAGAAAACAUGAGCCAUAUAAAAAAUUGAAAGAAGAUUCCAAAGUUAUGAGAGGUGAAAGUCAGCCACAUGCUAAAAUAUCAAACAAACAGAAUUUUGCAGGUGUGAAUAAGUACAAUGUGAAACUUUUGAAGAGAAAUGAAAGUCCCAACAUGUCUGUAACUCAUAAAGCUGCAGUUGAUGGUCCCUGUAUGGGUGGAAAGAAGGACAAUGAACUUGAAAGCCUUCUAGCUUCUUUGAAAGUUUCCAGAGAAAAUGAAGUGCAGACUUAUUCCAAAGAAGCAAGAGCUACUAAUGAAGAACAUCUGUCACCACAAUCGUUUGCUAUGAAAGGAACACAGAUGCUCAAAGAGAUUUUGAAGAUAGAUGGCUCUGACCUGGAAACAAGGAAUGACGUGAAAUGCCAAGUUAAUGAUACUCCUCCUCCCCUUAGUAGACAGGAUUGCCAUGAACCUGCCUUGCAAUAUAGACAACAAACAAAAAAAAUGGCUGCUCAUAUGAACAAGCCUCACAGCACUGGAGGCCCUCAGAACACACCAGCACUGGAAACUGGAGGCCACGCAUUCGCUUGUCCACAGCCUUCACUGUCUACUGUUUCUGAACUGUCUCGUAUUUGUUCUCUCGUUGGAAUGUCACAACCAGAUUUCUCUUUCCUAAAGACACCACAGACCAUGACAGUUUGUCACAUAAAAUUGUCAAAUGGUUUGUUGGUUCGUGGACCACAGUGUCACUCUGAAGCUGAAGCAAAGGAGAAAGCUGCACUUUUUGCUUUACAGCGUUUGAGCUCUAUAGGAAUAAAUUUCCCUUUGCCUCCACCUCUGCCUCCACCAGUGUUUCCAAAUUAUCAGCCACUGGGCGUUCCUGUACCACCUGGCUCUAUUCCUCCAGUAUUUGCACAACCCCCUGCUAAUAUAAUGCCUCCAUCACCACACAUGUUUGGUCCAGUGUCCUGGGGAGCACCAGUGCCUAAACAUUAUUAUCCUGGCUCCUAUCCAGGAAAUAUGUCUCUUGCGGGUACUUUACCAGUUGGUUCUCACAACCAGUUUAUACCUCUACAGGUAACUAAAAAAAGGGCUGCUAGCAAGAAAAACUUUGAGCUCAAGGAGUUUCAGAGUUCCCCUCAAGCUGCACCACUAAAGAAUGAACAGCCAGUGUCUUCUGACCACAUUCAGCAAGAUAAUUCUUCAGCUCCUUUAAAAUCUCCUCAAGCUGCUCAAUCCACUGUUUCGUUUCAAGACAAUGUGGCUACUCCAAGCGUUCCUCAUAAUAAGUCAACACCAAACACUUCCAGCAAGCGAAAGCCAAGAAAGCUGGCUGUCAAUUUUGGCGCACCAAAAUCUUCAGAAUAAAUAUGGUAGCCAGGUGUAUUUUAUCUUUAACUCUUCUCCCACUUGUUAUGUUCUGUCAGUUAAAAAAAAUCAGAAAGCUCUAUUAAAAAGACCAGCCGCUUUAAAUAUAAUAUAGAAUGAAAUACAUUUUGUUUUCUCUGGUUUUCAGGUCAUUAGGAAAAUUUAAAUUUAUGUUCAAACUUAAGACAAACUUAUUUUUACUCAAAUUAGCAAAAGCCAGGAAAUGCUGAGUUAAGGUUACCAUGCCAUCCAUUGUGCCUAGGUUUCUCAACAGUGGCUUACAGACUAUACUGGGUAAGCAGCAAUAACAGUGGCAACCUUAAUUCAGAAUUGCUGUGCUUUUUGGGAAGGGAUGUGGAGCGGUAAUAAGUUGGGCAUCUAACAUUGCUUAGUGUGAUAUUUUUGUAUUCUAGCUUGUUUUUAAACAGUGCAACAUGACACAAAGGAAAAAAAAAAUUAUAUAAAUGCAGCUUUUAUAUUGGCUCUCCAGGUCCUGCUGAGUUGGAUCGGUGUGACUAAAACCUCACUACAGUAAAACUGCCAAAUUCAUUUUAAAUACCAACUGCUAGGUUUUGUACCAGAGGGCAACAUUUUUAUGACUUUCAAAAUGUAGGUAUUAUUCUAUGUAUAGUAUUACAGUGAAGAGCUUGCUGAUACAGAAUCUGUUCCAGGAGAUGACUUUAUCCAAUGUAGUGAGUAACUAUGUUUACUUUUUUAAUCUCGCAGCGUUAUCAGUUACAUUGUUUUCUGAUGUUAAAAUAAUGUAGCUAUCUGCUACAGAUCUGCAUAGCCUCCUAAAAUGCUAGUGGGUUUUUUCUGAAUUACGAAAAAUGGCCAGUUUACAGAUGACUGUCAAAGUUUUAUUUACUUAGAGUUUGUUUUUCCACCUAAUAGUCCAUGCCCUGAACCCUUCUCUGUGGUAGGUUAUUUUUGUUGCUGGUGACUUGUAACGUUUAUUUUUUUAGUUUUGUGAAAGAAUUCUGUGUAGCAUGAUUGAAUUAUCAGAAACCAUUACUAUUGUUUCCAUAAGAAUAUUCAGACAGAAAGUUGAUUUGUAUUUUUGGAGAGAGUAGUGUUGUAAAAGCAGUAACUAGAGCUUUCGUAGUUCAUAUAGGAAAAAAAGACAGCUCAGAGGUCACUGUGCUAAUUUUAACCCAUAUGUACUAUUCUUAUUGACAUUAAUAAGCUAAGAGAAAAUUUGAAGCCUCAAUUGGUGCUGUUUACUGAUGUUGAUUAAAUUUAAUUUUUCUUUUUUAUUCUAACUUGUUCCAUAAAAAAUAUUUUUCCUCUGAGGUCCAGGAAGCUUAGAAAUAAAACUUACUUUAGUGAUUAAUUUUAUCAUCUCCAAACAUGUGUUUGGAGCCUUUCUUUCGGUUCCCCUACCAUGUUUUCUGCCUCCUUUUCUUCUUGUAGUACCAAGUUUCACACAACCUUAUAGGAUGUUUUAAUAUUGAUUUCUCUGAAACAGUUUUUGCCUCAGCAGUAUUUGCAGAAUAGCACCAAGCCCUAUAAAGAGGAUCACAGAGGUAAAAAUUAAGUUAAGAAAUUGUAUUUCAGUUUAGAUGCUAUCACAAACUUUGUAGAAUGGUCUAUAUACAGACUUAAAACACAUUGAUUUUGUUGUUGUCUUUAUAGCCAUCUAGUCUCAAGAUGGUUUGAAGCCAUAUUCCAUGAAGGGCAAGUUGUACAUUUGGGUGAUUUAUUGUCAUUCGCAACACAAGGCUGACAGGCUGAUAUUUUAGAAGUUUUUAUGUGAAGUCUAAUUAUGAGACACAAAUGUUAGUCCCCUAUAUUCUAUAUUAAAUAUCUGAUCAUCAGAGAAAAGAUCUGUUUAGAAAUUCCUGUGAUGGUGAUGAGACUGGACUAGACUCUGGCGUCACAGAAUUUUGACAUAUCUGGAUGGCCAAUUUAUGCGGAUUUUUUAGAAACAUGGUUAUGAAGCACAUUCUUAACAUUGCUAAACACAGCAGUUUUUAUUAUUAAUUACUUCAAUCUAAGACUUCAAGUAGAAUUGCUAUGUUUAUAUAUAGGUGGUUAAACCUUUAAUUCUGUAGCUGCUGCAUAUUGUAUUAGUCUCUGGUUUUUAGUUGAACUGUUCAAUGAUACUGACUGCCUGGUGCCCAGUUAAUUACAGUUUUACAUGUCCUGGUAGAUGUGACAUCUACGUUGACCUAUGCCAUGUCCCCUAUGAUUUCAGUUUUCUAUUUUAACAAGGUGAUUAUGUUUAAUUCAUACAGAUAUAAAUUUAAGCAUUUGUUUUUCUCAUAGAUAUAAAGUAUUUUGUAAGCACUGGAGUUUUUCAUUAGAUCUUAUACAGAGCAGUAUUUUACUAAAAAUCCAAAAGGGAAGACUUUUACGUGUGCAUUUUUGUAGUUUCUGAUUUUUUUAAAAUAACUUUUCAUUGUUUAUCUGCCAAGUGAGAUGUUUUAAAUUUACAUAUGAAUGGAUACAGAAUGUAUUUUUUGUGCUGUUUAGUGUUAAGUGUGCAUUUGCAGAAUUUUAGCAUGUAGUUGCACAAAGGACUGUGCAAAGAUAUUUUCAAAUAUGAAUAUAUGAUACGCUGAAGGAAAAACAUUCAUAAAAAUUAAAUGCUAUAUAAAACUUUAUUGCAAUAGAAUAAUUUUAUAAAUUGUGUCUAUGUCUGCUUGGAUUAAAUAUGGAAACAAGAAACAUUGCUUACUUUCACUUUUUUAUUUCCAAAUACUACAUGGAAACUUCGGUAUGCUCCAAAGCAAAAUUUUAAGAUUUAAAUCUCACAAAGCCAAAUUUCUGCAAUUCUGGGAAGCAGCAUCUGCCCACUUCCAAGCUGUUUCUUGAUGUCUUUCAACUACUACUCAGUUAAGAUACAAAUUUCAUUAAAAAGGCUACUGGUCAAUUUGCAAUUAAAAGCAUUUAACUAGAUACCAAUCUUCCAGAAUUUC